GCCCGUGAAGACAGCCCGAGAGGCGGGGGCCCGGCUCCGCUUCCUGCAGUGCACGCCCGGGAGCCCGCGGUGCCGCAUUCUGCCCGCCGCCCACGUGGGAAACCGCCUAGACUUUUGGGAUCCUGUUACUGGCGUUUGGGGGCAGGCCAACAAAGGGGAGCCGUUUCUGUCUGCUCGCAAGUAAAUUCAAAUAAGGAAGUGAACGUUUUCAGCAGAAAUCGAGGGGCCGGUGUCGUGGGCUCCGGGAGCGCCGCUCCAGGUCCUGGCUGCUCCGCCUCCCACUCGUCUUCCUGCCUGCGCGUCUGGUGGGCCCGCCACCUGGGAGACCGAGCUGGAGUUCCUGGCUCUUGGCUUUGGCCUGGUUCUGACCUGUUGUGGCCAUUUGGUGGCACCGCGGGCUCAGUCAGGCUGAAGGACCAGCUCAGAGCCACACAGCGAGCACCAGCUGAGCACAGCCUUACCCCACCGUCAGGACGCGGUCCUCCCUCACAGCUCCCAGCUGCAGGACUCCCUGGCAGAUGCUGUCCGUGCCUGGCUGCCUGCUCCUCUUCUCCCGAGGGCCGCGUUGCUGUCAAGGGGCAUUUCUGCUGGAGUCCCCUUCUGUGGCACAGUGACUGCUGGGAGGCCUUCAGGGCUGGCCGGGCUCUUGCCAUGGGACACUGCCGCCUCUGCCACGGGAAGUUCUCCUCCCGGAGUCUGCGAAGCAUUUCUGACAGGGCGUCUGGGGACAGCGCAGAAAGGCCGUUCCCAGGGGAGCGUGUGUUCGUCAGGGACUUCCAGCGCCUGCUGGGUGUGGCUGUGCACCAGGAUCCAGCCUUGUCUCAGUUUGUCUGCAGGAACUGCCAUGCCCAGUUCUACCAGUGCCACAGCCUCCUGGAGUCCUUCCUGCAGAGAGUGAAUGUCUCCCCGAUGGGCCAGCGGAAGCCUUGUGCAAAGUAGGUCUCACUGCAGGUUGAGCGGCUGCUCUAGGGCCAGGGAGUGCUGGUGGGAGCUUUGCUGUGGGGUGGGCAAGCUGUGCCUGGUUCUGCAGAGGCAGUUGGGAGCACCCCCAGGUGUUGUGAAGGGAAAAGGACAGGGUACUCAACGG